GCUUUUAGUUCAGUUCCAGCUGGUCAGGCGUUUGCACUUUCUUUCCGACACUUGGUGUUUUUUUUUUAUAAAUCGAAUUUGUGUUUUGAUUUUUUUGCCUCACCAUACAGCACGCAGUGAGUCUAGUUGGAGGAACUGGAAGGAACGACAUUGUUUGUGAGAUUUGAGAUUCGAUUACUGGAGUGCUGCGAGAUCGAGAGCCUCUUUGUUCCAGCUUUUGUGUAAACAUCUGGGGAAAAGCUGGAGCAGUUUUGGUUCAGUGCAUAAGGAACAAACAAUUCGAUUGUGCUAAUCGUGCUAAUUGAGUUUCUGGUUGUGAACUGCGAUCGAAGCGACCAAGAACGUUCACUUUCGAAAGCACGACUGCUUAGAAGGCUUUGGAUUCAAAAGGUUCGUUUGUGAAUGCAUCCUUUUGGUAGUGAGAACCAUGUAAGCUGGAUACCUCUGGGAAACCAUUGACUGUGUAUAAUUCGAAAGAGAGGAAAAAACGGACCUAUUUCAAACGAAGAGAAGUGAACCAGUAGUGCAACGAAAGAAGAUACAAAACAGUACAAACGGUCAGAGUGUGAUUGUGCAUAAAAACCGAAUUUUUUUUAGUGAAUAAGCUAAACCUUCGAAGAAACAGUAAAGUGUGAGUGAUCGAACGUUUGGUUACUUUUAAACUGAUAAAACAAAACUGACGGAAAGUUUUAAACACAAACGCACCGCCGGAAGAAUCUUUGGGAGGUUUUAAUUUUACGAAAAAAAAAGCCUAUCGAAUUCCUGCCUUUAAUUAGUGAGACAAAGACCGAACGACUUUUCUUCUGUUUACUGUUUUAAUGGCUAUGAAGAUGAAUCUGUCGUUUGCUGGAUGCGGUUUUCUGGGAAUCUAUCACGUUGGUGUUGCUGUCUGUUUCAAAAAGUAUGCCCCCCAUCUGUUGCUACAUCGGAUCAGUGGAGCCUCGGCGGGAUCGCUGGCCGCAUGCUGUCUGCUGUGCGAUAUGCCGUUAGGUGAAAUGACCUCGGACUUCUUUCGGGUGGUCAACGAAGCCCGCAGCCAUUCGCUGGGUCCGUUCAGCCCGCGGUUCAACAUCCAGACGUGCCUGCUGGAAGGUUUGCAGAAGUUCUUGCCGGCGGAUGCACACGAACGCGUCAACGGCAAGCUGCACAUCUCGCUUACCCGGGUCUAUGACGGCAAGAAUGUCAUCGUUUCGCAGUUCAACAGCCGGGAGGACUUGCUGCAGGCCCUGCUCUGCGCGUGCUUCAUCCCGGUAUUUUCCGGUCUCCUGCCGCCUCGCUUCCACGGGGUACGCUACAUGGACGGUGCCUUCUCGGACAACCUACCGACCCUGGACGAAAACACCGUCACCGUGAGCCCGUUCUGCGGCGAAUCGGACAUCUGCCCCCGGGACAACAGCUCCCAGAUGUUUCACGUCAACUGGGCCAACACCAGUAUUGAACUGUCCAAGCAGAACAUGAACCGCUUCGGACGGAUCCUGUUCCCACCGCGGCCGGAAAUUCUGUCCUCGUUCUGCCAGCAAGGCUUUGACGACGCGUUGAACUUUCUCCAUCGCAACAAUCUGAUCAGCUGCACCCGAUGCCUCUCGGUGCAGUCGACCUUCUCGCUGGCGGACCAACCGAAGCAGCUGGAGGAUCAGCUGCUGGAGGAGUACGAUCCCGAGUGCAGUGAAUGCAAGGACUGCAACGAACACCGACAGAACGCCCUGGACGGAAGCAUGCCCGAUACGGUGUUGACCGUGUUCCAGACCUACAUCGAGGAGGCGAACAAAGGACUGAUGAAUUGGGUAUUCCGACACCGGGGAGCGAGAUUGCUCAAGGCAUUGUCACUUCCGGCCACAUUGCCAGCGGACAUCAUGGUUGCCACCUUAACCAACGCCAUCGACGAACGCGUCGAACGGCGCCAGUUCCGGUACAAGGUUCUAGGUAACAUAGUCUGCCCCUCGACUGGCAGUUUGGAUGGUGGUAGUGUAGUUGGUCCGGUAAAUCCCCGCUGUCGUCAAUGUCUGGCACGGCAGCAGCGAGCAUUGGCACUGGUAGCAAGGGGUCCUGUUAAUAUCCGCACGGUUCCGGUUCCGCAGCCGAACAUGGAUCCGAUGCUUCAAGCACUCGAGACACGGCUGAAACGACUCCUGGUAGCAACCCCCACGAUCGGCAGUCAGCUGUGGUCCGUGAGUAAAUUCGCCCUCAAAACCCUAAACUUGAUUCUCCAGCGAAUCCGCCGGGAGCAGCAGAUGGCAGGCAGUUUGGAGUGCCAAAUGGCCUACACAGAGUACACGGGUAGCGGGGGCAAACUGGUGGGCACACGUACGAAGCGGCUGAGCCACCGUGCCUCAAUGGGAUCACUGGUAGAUGUGCGAGUUGACAAUGGGAACGAAUUAGUUGCCUUGCCGGGGACUGUGGGUUCCGCAACCGGUGACACACCUGACCAGCAUUACAACCACGAACAUCAACAAGGUCGGGAGGCAGCUGAACGGGAAGGUGAAGAGGAUGUUCAUCCGGAUUAUGACACAUUCGACCACAUCUUGCAGGCAACCUCUCAUCACGAUGCCAUGUAUGCCUAUUACUACCUGGACGCCAACAAUAAGGUGAAAGUAACGGAGAUCUUUGACAUGACGGACGAUGCCAACCCGGCCAUUCAGACGGAGCAGGAGCGGGAGGUGAACCAGCAGCUGGAGUUCGAUAACGAUUGGGAAACGACACAGCCAGAUUUCCUCUACACCGAUUCGUACGAUCGAGACAGUCUAAUGGAUCUCGAUGAGUUGAUCGAACCAUGCCUGUACCCGAACCAGCUACCCCAUACCCACCACUAUCGGCACCACUACGGCCAUCCGAACCAUUCCACCGAUCCGGUGGCGAUCCAGCAGUGGCAGCAGCUCCAAAUUGAAGAGCUGCCCAGUGAUGACACGCUGUACCUUCAACCGGAGGCCGACCAGCAGCAGGCUUUACUCUCCGAAGCCGCCACUCUGCUGCUCAGCAAGCCACCAUCGGCCUCAUCCUACUCGAUCUUCGAAAUGUGAACGGGUCUGCGACCU